UUUCUUCAUCCCCUUCCUCUUGUGCUUGUGCUUUGUCUUGCGUUGCGUUGUGCCACUUUGCCUGGCCAGAUCUGAUGAUGAUGGUGAUGAUGCCAUUUGUUCCCAUAUAUUUUUGCCCUUUUGCCUUUUGCACUCAUCAUCAUCAUCGUCGCUAACUGUCGUCGUAAGUUAAUAAUCGUUCUUUCCUUACUCAUUCAUUCCCCGUCGUCUACUACUCAUUCCGCUCCCCACCCCACCUGAAGUGGAGCUCUCUCUGUCUCUCUGUCUGUCUGUCUACUCUCUACUCUCCCUCUGCCAGUUUCCGCAUCACGACCUCGCGGAUCAGAAGAAGAAGAAGAAGAAAAAGGUCUUGUGGUUUUCUUAGUCGAAAGUAAGAAACUUGUUUCAGGGAGACCGAGGCGAGCACAGAAGAACAGGAGAGGCUGUUUCAUGCAUGGUUUCAUUGCGAGGUUUGAACUUGAACAUAGACGCCUGUGUUCUCGAGGAGGCGAAACUUGGUCAGAAAACAUUAGAGUUGUUUAGUGAGGGAGACGGGGAAUACUUCUCUAAAGGUUACUUUUUUCUUGCUGCUGGUGUCCUGCAUUGUUUCGCAAGGUCGAAGUAUUUGGUUUCAUUUGCUAGUGAAUGUCAAGCCUGGCGGUUCUCUAGGUGCCCGAGCUGCCUACGGACAGACCGGUGAAGGCGUUGCAUGUGGGUUGUCACGUGCAUAGAAUUAUUGUGAGGGAAUGGGUUUGCGGCUUCCCAUACAUUGUUCCUUUAAGUUUUGAGAGGACUUGGUGUUUUCCAGAGCCAGCACGUUCACCUCGAGAUCGUGGUCGACUUGGUUCUCCACUACAGUAGUUGAUGUGAGUUUUAAGCAAAUGAAAGGGUUUCGUCUACAGUGCUGGUGGCAUCGAAUGCACUUAUGUGGUCCUGGUAGAUCUCUGUAGGAGUGGCAGAUGGACCGCGGUUUAUAGCUUGCUAAUUUUUGAGAUCCCAGUGAAUACGUAGCAUCAUGAUCCAAACGAGAAAAGGGAUGCAAGUGCGGGUUGGUUGGUUAGUGUGAACAAAACAUCUUUCGCUUUUAAAGUAUUGUAGCCCUGGAAUCCUCAGGGAGUGAGGAGGCAGUGAUGCCCCCAUCGGUCUUCCCAGACGAGGUUCUCGAACACGUCUUGGUCUUUCUGGAUUCCCAUAGGGACAGAAACUCUGUCUCGCUGGUGUGCAAAGCCUGGUACAAGGCCGAGGGAUGGAGCAGGCGGAGAGUUUUCAUUGGGAACUGCUACGCGGCUUCUCCGGCCCACCUCAUCAAACGUUUCCCCAAGUUGGUAGCCCUUGAGAUGAAAGGGCGGCCGAGGUUUACUGAUUUCGGCUUAGUUCCACAAAACUGGGGCGCUUUCAUUCAGCCAUGGAUCGAGGCUAUGGCUGAGUACUACCCUGGGUUAGAAGAGCUCAAGUUGAAGCGCAUGACUGUGUCCGAUGAGAGUCUGAGAAUGGUUGCUGUCGCUUUCCCCAAUUUUCGAUCUUUACGCCUCACCAGCUGCGAUGGGUUCAGUACAGAUGGGAUCACAGAGAUCACGAAAAAUUGCAGAAAUCUCGCAGUGCUGGAUCUUCAAGAGAACGAUAUUGAUAUUCGGAGUGGAGACUGGUUGAAAGCUUUUCCAGAAACCCAAACAUCUCUAGAGUGGCUCAACUUUGCUACUGUGAAAUGCAUGAUUGAUGAAGAAGCCUUCCAAUGUUUGGAAGCUCUGGUGGCUCGCUGCCCAUGUCUAAAGCGGCUCAAGUUGAACAAGGAUAUCUCUCUCGAUCAGUUGCGAAAGCUUUUGCUAAGAGCUCCGCAACUGGAAGUGUUGGGCACAGGAAUAUAUAACCAAAAUUUGUCAUGGGGUAAACUCCACGAGCUUCAGGGUUCUCUCAAGAGGUGUAAGAAUCUUCGGAGCCUGUCAGGGCUUUGGGAAGUAAUUCCAAUGUGCCUACCCACGAUGUACCCAGUCUGUUUGAAUCUAACUAGCCUCGAUCUAUCAAAUGUCACUCUCAAGACUACGGAUUUUACCAAGUUCAUCAGUUAUUGCACUAAGGUGCAACGCCUAUUGGUUCAGGACUUCGUGGGUGACAAGGGAUUAGCGGCUGCAGCAGUGAAUUGCAAGGAUUUGCAGGAGCUUCGUGUCUACCCUAUUGAUGAUGAUGGCCUUGUCACAGAACAGGGCUUCAUAGCGAUCUCCGAGGGAUGCCCUGAAUUGAGGAAAAUUCUGUACUUCUGCAAGCAGAUGACCAACGCUGCAAUGACUAGGUUUGCCGAGAACUGCCCGAAGAUGACCCACUUCCGGUUGUGUAUCAUGAAGUGCUACAUGGAAGAUUGCGUAACUGGACAGCCCCUGGAUGAAGGAUUCGGAGCAGUUUGCAGGCUAUGUGUAGAUCUUCGGCGACUGUCCCUUUCGGGGAAGAUGACCGACAAGACCUUUGAGUAUAUUGGUCGGUAUGCUAAAAAUCUAGGUAUGCUGUCAGUGGCAUUUGCGGGGGAUAGUGAUGUUGGAAUGCAGUACGUUCUAGAUGGCUGCCCAAGGCUUCGCAAGCUGGAGGUUAGAGAUUGUCCCUUCGGCGAUGAGGCCCUCUUGACGGGCAUCGAGAAGUACGAGUCCAUGCGGUCGUUGUGGAUGUCGUCGUGCCAUCUCACCCGGGAUGGUUGCCAGUUCUUGGCAGCCAACAAUCCAUCGCUCAACGUCGAAAUUAUCAAGGAUGUUGAGAAGCCACCCCAUGAGCAAGGUCAGUAUGUCGAAAAAUUGUACGUUUACCGCACCAUUGAGGGGCGCCGCAGCGAUGCCCCACACUUCGUAGAAACUUUGAAGUGAAAAUACAUGGCAUAUACUUAUUCUACUGCUUCCCCUUUCUUUAUCUUUUCCGGUUGUUAGGACUCCUUGUCCAUUAUUUUCUUUCUUCCAUCCCUACAUUUGCUCCACCUUGUGAGAAGCCAUAGACUCAGAGAAGGAGAGGCAAGGGGUAAAAGUGAGAAGCCCCCUCGGAGAGGUAGACGGCUUGGCUGUAGAUGACCUUUAGAUGGCUGGUUGGCCGUCCGGCUGGCUGGCUGGCUGGCUGGCUUGCUUUCUCUGCAGUCAGCUUUAGGCUUGGGUGCUACAAGAGGUAGCUUGGAUACUGUACAUAAUAUCUAUUGUAAUUCCCUUGUAGAGAGCUUAGUACACACAUUUCUGUAGGAAAGUCUGCCGAGCUGUUUUUGGGGCCAUCUCAUUUAUCUCACAAUGUUGAUUGCAUCUGGACUUCCCUCACCCGAAGGACCCGGUCCAGUAAUACGCAAGAUGUUGAUGGGCUGUCAUUGGGCACCUUUACGCACUUUCUGUUAACCUUGAUGGUCCGUGUUCAGUAAAAAGGAAAAAAAUCCCUCACACAUGGUCUCUUCUUCCAUGUUUCUACUA